GACACGAUCUUCACUGAUUAAUGUCACCUCGCCGGUACUUGUGUCUAUUCAUGUUAGACCAAAUAACCUCCAUCACAUUUCGCUGUAGAAAACACUUCGGUUCGCACAUUCUGCAAGCAGACCGAUGGUCAGAGGAGACGCUGCUGUGCAAUGCUUCAAGUUUUGGUGCUGCCAGUGGCAGGCGCAACAGUUGCUGCUCCACGCAUGACGGUAAACAAACACCACCAGCAUGCUUUUGCUUCCAACAACGACCGCAGGAUCUUCAAACUUCGACAGGGGGAGUCUGGUUUUCGACAGUUCUGCAAAUUGACAGUCCGAGGAGACAAAAUCAUCGGAACCGAAAUUCUGGUAUCAGGACUAGUGAAAGUCGCAGUAGCCCUGUGCAUAUGAGUUACCGUUUGCUUCCCAACACGGCCAAGUACAUUCAAAUGAUCCUUCUCUUCGUUAGCUUCUCUGACGAAGACUACUUUCUCGUUUACCCGGCAUAGUGGGUUCACAUCCACGAUCGGCUAAUGCUUCAGUGACUCACGCCGCGCUUAAAAAGGCUGGGUGCAUUCCAUGGUUCGCUAUAGCCGAUCCGCACUAAGAAGUGUCCGGGAAGAUAACUGUCUCCAUACGCCCAACUUGGAUAUUCUACACUCAACUCCGAUGACCUCUGCGCGCUUCGGAGUGCCCACUAUCUUCACCCAAUUCAUUCAAUGCAAGUUACUCCUCCCAAGGAUCGGAAACAGUUGUGUGGAGCCCAAUCAACAGUGUUUUCAUGAGCGUUUGGACGAGUGUCUUCUAUCCCACCGAGUAGUCAAGCAGUUGUGAUUUGAGAAGAGAAAUAUAUACGCUGGGAGUCUGCAUUGCACUUCUUCCCCGAAAAUCCCAGAUAAUUAUGCCUUGUGAUUGUCGAAAUUGAACAUGAGAAUCUAUAAGCCUGGGACACGCACGGGAGGCAGAUGCUGUACAAGGACCUUGUUCGUCACGAACUGCGUCGUAAUAGUAUGCAAUACUUUGAGCGUAGUGUAUUAUGUUUAUGAAUCCGUUGUUAAUCCCGCCCUACAGCAACAUGAGCCCAGCACUCCCCAGUUGUUCCCCAAGAAAAUCGGUUCGUCUCUUUUAUCACUCGGCUCAGUGGUAUGAAAACCUUUCGCACCUCCCAAUCACUGCUCUUAGACAGAUGCAGGAUUUGCAAGUUUCCAAUCCUCAUCUACGUUGGAAUUAUCACCUAGAGAACUGGACAUCUUGUGGUAAAAUCUCGUUAGCCCUUAGAAGCUGUUUGGGAAUAAGUUGAAAUUUUGAUUCAAUGAGUGUUUUGUUUAUUGAUUGUGGCAGUCACCACUCUCCUCCCAAACCUCCAAGAUUAGGUUCUACAUACAAGGCACGUCGUUGCGAGGAAGUGAGGUCCGCCGGUUUUGGUCUGACCAAAAUUGCUUUAGGUUGGGGGCUACAAUUCAAACUCUUUCACAAAGCCUUGUAUUUUAGGUUCAUUCGCCAAAAAACUUCAGUUAGCAGUCACAAAGAUGACUUGUGUAUAUGUAAUAAUCCUAACUAAAGUAAGCCUGCGGCCACAGUAGUUUCAUUUGCAAGGGGCCUUGCUUUUUCUGUAAGCGGUAAAACAGGGCAAUCGAUUUUGGACGAAACCCCAAGAGCAGCCUGUUGUAAGGUGAAAGUAUACCACACGGCCAACUUCACGAGAUGUAAUUACGCCCUCAGCUACUGCAAUUCGUCUGAGACUAUGGUCUAUGGGGAACCCUUGCCUCCCUCUCUCGCGGCACAAAUUCAACCCUGGACUAACAGUCCAGAGAAGAAUUGAAAUGGUUCUGGCAAACUUCACCGUCGUGUCCGAUGCUACCGUUUGAUCGACAAGACUUCUGCAAACGAAUAGAGCGAGGACAGCAUUUGUUGAUCUCCAGAGACUCCAUCAACUACCAGCUCUUCAUCACGUUCCACAACUUCUUACGAUCUGAACUUUCAGAAAUCCAAUACCCUUUCCACGGGGUUGGAUUUGAACCGGUUUGUAAGGACGUGCUGGGAGGCGAGGGGUUCAACCUAGCGUGGGUUUGUAGCCCUUUGUUGAACACCACCGAGGUCACGCAUUACAUCGAGGAGUGGAAAAUCGAGAUCAUCUUCAUGAACCGAGGUGCCUGGUUCCGUUCAGAUUCUUCCUUCUUCAAUGAGCUCAAAGAGAUCGCCAAAGUGCUGCAAAUGCGGUACCCGCACUUGUUGGUCUUUUACCGCAACUCAUUUCCAGGUCACAAGGGUUGCGUAGAUCUACACAAGCCACUGAAGCAACCGCAAGAUAAGAGUUCUUUGCCGUAUCAUUGGGGAGAGUUUGCGAGGCAGAACGAAUUGGCCAAGAGGACAGUCCACAGAGCGCACUUCAUUUUUCUGGAUCCGGACACCAUGCUCAGCUUGUGACCCGAAGGCCACAUGGGACCGCCAAGAGAUUGCUUACAUUACUCCAUUCCUGGACCACUAGACUUUGUCCUCUAUUUGUUCUACAACACAUUACUGCUUCUGUAAAGUGAAAGAUUUCGCAGGAAGUGGGAUAAGGAACAUGUAUAAGGGCUCAAAUAACCCUGAAAUUGAAAAAUUGUAGCGUACGCAGCAACGCAGCAACGGAGAGGCGAUGCCUGGCGAGCGUGGUAGUCACGGUUUGUGGGCAAAGCAGCAGCGUGACACGAACCAACCGCGGGGAGCGCGACGCCGUGGCUCCGUCCGUCCGACCUGCCUGGCAACUUCAACGAUGCCUACCCAGCCUGGGCCUGCCCUGCCCUAACUGCUGCUGCUUCUGCUGCUUCUUCUGCUUCAUGCGUACAAUUUCACAUCUUCAGUUUCUCAAUGCUGUCGUUAUCCGAAAGUAAAUUCUCAAAAUCAUUACGCACAAUACUAUUACGGAAUCCACAUUGCAUCGACUUCUACUGGUGAUUGUGAUAAUAAAAUCAUCGUUGCCGUUAACUCUUAUCCAAAAAUAUCCAGGUUCAGCCCUGAAAGCUGAAGAAUGACAAACUAUUAAAAGUGAAUAGAGCAAACAGUUCUCAGUGGAAACAGAGUACCAUCGUGAUUUAUGAUCAUGUUGUCUCGACUGCCAGAGCUAAGGACAGCGCUAUUCCAUGA